GCAUUGUCUAUUUCAUUUGCAAGGGUGAAGUGCCAAGUUUUUUUUUCUGCUGUCUUGAGUUUUGUUGCCAUUAAGUCUUCAAGCUCUGUUUUGAACUACAUUGUUUUUAGGGUUCUAUUUAAAAUAUUAGAAGAACUUGGAGGACUUAUUUAAUUAUUAUUUUUAAUAAAAACAGUGGAGUGAAAGUAAUUUUCUAUAGUUUCAUUGCAUUUGCAAAACAAAAAAAAAGUUUCAUUGCAUUUUUUUGUCAAGUAGUUCGGUGGCUUAGAAUUCCACUCUUAUGAGUUCCACGGAUCACAUUAAAAUCAAGUUUUAUACUUAAGUUAUUAAAAUGUUAAAUCAAUUGAUAUUAAAUUACAUCAUAUAGUACACUGGUAGACAAAUUAAUGUGAAAAUGAAAGGGAUAUAAUUUGUAUAUUCCUCUUCUGGUUUCCGGCAUAAGAAUUGUAAAUUACAUGGGCUGUAGACCCAGAUGAUGAAAGUGGUCUUUUCUCCUUGUCUGUAUUUUAUUUUUUAAAAACUCCUUGUCUGUAUUUGUAGCCUAAGAAAAAUGUUUUUCAAGAGAUAUAUCUUUCUUUUUGAAAAACUUUCAAGUGAUAUAGUAUUAAAAUAAUAUUAAUCAUUUUUUUUUGAUACAUGGAUGAAAUGAUAAGUCAUUGAAAACUCAUACACAAAAAGUGGAGAGACCGGAGAUCACAUCCUGUUCAUGACAUCCGAAACUAACAAUUUUAGCAUUUUUACCGAUUAACCUAUAAUUUGUGGACUAUUAAAAAUGCCAGAUUCAUUUUGACCCGUAUCAGUAUAAAAAUCAUUAAAAUUAAAUGAUUAAUUAAUGGAGUAAUACGAUAUGCAGUAAAAAAAAAUGUCGGCGUUAAUUCUUAUGAGUCAUGUACUAGUAUGUAAAGAAAUAAAUAAAAUGAUGACACUGUAAUAAUCAUCAUCAAUUGAAUUCAUCAGUACCAGAGUACUUCCUAAUUCCUUCUUUUUCAGACAACCGAACCUAAGCGCGUGUUUGUUGAAAGUAGAAAUGGAAAUAGGAAAGAGAUUGAAAGGAAAAAUUGCGAUCGUGACAGCUUCAACACAGGGAAUUGGGUUUGCCAUAGCCGAGAGACUUGGCUUGGAAGGUGCUUCUGUUGUUAUCUCUUCUCGCAGACAGAAAAACGUUGAUGUGGCUGCUGAUAAACUCAGAGCCAAAGGAAUUGAUGUAUUUGCAGUUGUUUGCCAUGUCUCUAAUGCUCAACAAAGGAAGGAUUUGAUCGACAAAACUGUCCAGAAGUAUGGAAAGAUAGAUGUUGUUGUGUCUAAUGCUGCUGCAAAUCCUUCUGUCGAUGCCAUUUUGCAAACACAAGAUUCAGUACUCGACAAAUUAUGGGAGAUAAAUGUCAAAGCUACUAUACUUCUUCUCAAGGAUGCAAGCCCAUACUUGUCCAAGGGUUCUUCUGUUGUUAUCAUUUCAUCGAUUGCUGGUUAUAACCCAGUGGCUUCUAUGGCUAUGUAUGGAGUGACCAAAACAGCCCUUCUUGGACUUACCAAAGCCCUGGCUGCUGAGAUGGCUCCAAAAACUCGUGUAAAUUGUGUUGCUCCUGGUUUUGUACCAACUAAUUUUGCUUCUUUCAUUACCAGUAAUUCUGCUAUGAGAGAGGAGCUUGAAGCGAAGACAUUACUCGGAAGGCUUGGUACAACUGAGGACAUGGGUGCUGCUGCAGCUUUUUUGGCAUCUGAUGAUGCUUCUUAUAUAACAGGAGAAACUAUAGUAGUUUCUGGUGGAGUGCCAUCGAGACUGUAGCUUCCAUUUUCAUCUUCUAAUGUGCUUCUGUUACAGGGUCUAAGCCCAAAAUGUAAUGGCGAAAUUGGCAUUGAGCUGGUUUUCACUUUAGUUAUGAAAUGAUAGGGGUUGUUACUUUUUAAGAAGGGGAAAUAAUAGUUAUCAAAUGUUUUACUUUCAUUUACUUUAAAUAAUGAAUGAUCUAAAAAUCAUAUACAAGUUGUGUUAAAAAUAUGUUGGUUAUGUUAUGACAUUG